UGUCUUUAUGGCCAGUGUCAGCCGUAUGUUAAUGUCGAUGGUGUCAGCACGGGGACAGCAACACCACACCAGAGGGCAACGACGUAAUUGUGUUGGAUGAAGGCACGUUUUGUUUAGAUAACCAACCUGUGUCUGGGGUCUAAUGAGCUAAAACUAGUUAUCUUUGAACGCACUACCCCAGUUCGUCUGUUUUUUCCCCUCAUGUUUUGUAGUGAGCUAGGUUAGCCUGUUAGCUUAGCUAUACACUUCCGUUCGUACAGGACUUUUGACUGAAGCAACGAGACGCCCUCGAGCCCAAUUUAAACGUGCGUCUACUUUGCAAGCUCCACUGUUCAAAGUGGAUCUAUUGUUCCUAUUGCACGAUAAGUUUGGGUGUAAAAAGGGUGGAAAAACAUCAGCCUGCAAAACAAGGAAGUCUGAAUGAAAUGAACCACUAGCUUUCUGCUAUAAACAAGCGCAUAUUUGCUAUUCGCGCGAGAUUUGACAGGACGUCAGAUGAAGUGUUUAACCCGCGUGUUCCCGGGUAAUAGCUCAGCUCAGCAACACCAUCCGUCUCUGCUUAAUUAUUAGUGGAAACAUUUGGGCAGACUUUGAUCUGAGGAAGUGUCCUUGUCAGAGCGGCGUGCCCUCCUCCUCCUCCCACAGAGUCUCCUGUCAGUGAUCCUGGAGAGAUUGAAGCCAGCAUGAUUCCCGACAAAGCCCCGAAGGAGGACGUUUUCCACGGGUCGGAGGACCUGAGGAGGAACGCGCACGUCCCCAGCUUUGAGAAGUACAAGGAGCUGUACGUCCAGUCUGUGGAGAAUCCAGCCGAGUUCUGGGGGGCUAUUGCUAAGGACUUCUUCUGGAAGAGCCAACACACGGGACGGUUCCUGGACUACAACUUCGAUGUGACCAAAGGCGAAAUCUUUGUCAAAUGUAUGGAAGGAGCCACCACCAACAUCUGCUACAACCUCCUGGACCUCAAUGUCCACGAAAGGAAACUCGGGGACAAGGUUGCCUUUUUUUGGGAAGGCAACGAGCCCGGAGAUGAGCUGACCGUGACCUACCGGGAGCUGCUGCAGAUGGUCUGUCAGUUUUCUAAUGUGCUGAAAUCUCAAGGAGUGAAGAAGGGUGACCGCGUCUCCAUAUACAUGCCCAUGGUUGUGGAGCUGGUGGUGGCCAUGCUGGCUUGUGUUCGUAUUGGAGCAGUUCACUCUAUAGUGUUUGCAGGUUUCUCUGCUGAGUCUUUGUGUGAGAGGAUCAUGGACUCCCAGUGCUCCCUGCUCAUCACCGCAGAUGGUUUCUAUCGAGGAGAGAAGCUGAUCAACCUGAAGCUCUUAGCUGAUGAAGCUCUACAGAAAUGCAGAGACAAAGGCUUCCUGAUCCAGACGUGCAUUGUGCUGAAGCACCUGUCUACAGACCCAGAGGCCUUGGUGAGCUCCCAUUCUCCUCCUGCCAAGAGAGCCUGCCCAGACCUGGAGCAAACAGACAGGAAAGUAAGGAAAGCACAUCCUGUUCCACAGGUGCCGUGGAACCCGGAUGUGGACUUGUGUUGGCACAUGCUGAUGAAAGGUGCUUCGGACGAGUGUGAGCCCGAGUGGUGUGAAUCUGAAGAUCCUCUUUUUAUUUUGUACACCAGCGGCUCAACCGGCAAACCAAAGGGAGUUCUUCACACAGUCAGUGGCUACAUGCUCUACACCGCCACCACCUUUAAGCUGGUGUUUGACCACCAACCUGAUGACAUCUACUGGUGCACUGCAGACAUCGGCUGGAUAACCGGACACUCCUACAUUACUUAUGGCCCUCUGGCCAAUGGGGCCACCAGCGUCCUGUUUGAGGGUCUGCCUACGUACCCUGAUGUGAGCCGAAUGUGGGACAUCGUGGACAAAUACCAUGUUACCAAGUUCUACACGGCUCCGACCGCCAUCAGGCUGCUGAUGAAAUUUGGCAAUGAACCUGUUCAGAAGUACAAGAGGAAGUCUCUGAAGGUUUUGGGAACAGUGGGAGAGCCCAUAAACCCUGAGGCUUGGCUGUGGUACUAUUCCGUGGUGGGAGAGAAAAGAUGUCCUGUGGUCGACACCUUCUGGCAGACAGAAACCGGAGGACACGUGCUGACUCCUCUACCAGCAGCCACUCCCUUGAAACCUGGAUCUGCUACGUUCCCGUUCUUUGGAGUAGUUCCAGCCAUCUUGAAUGAAUCGGGAGAGGAGUUGGAAGGGCCCAGUGAAGGAUACUUGGUGUUUAAACAGCCGUGGCCCGGUGUGAUGAGGACGGUCUAUGGAAAUCAUCAAAGAUUUGAAACCACUUACUUCAAGAAGUUCCCUGGAUACUACGUCACAGGAGACGGUUGCAGUAGAGACAAAGAUGGCUACUACUGGAUAACGGGGAGGAUCGACGACAUGUUAAAUGUAUCUGGUCACCUGCUGAGCACAGCUGAAGUAGAGUCUGCUUUAGUGGAGCACAAAGCUGUGGCAGAAGCUGCUGCGGUCGGCAGACCACACCCUGUCAAAGGAGAAAGCCUCUACUGCUUUGUAACUUUAAAAGAUGGCUUGGCCUUCAACCAAACGUUGGAGGCAGAACUCAAGAAACAAGUGAGAGAGAAGAUUGGAGCCAUCGCCACACCGGACUACAUCCAGAACGCACCUGGACUUCCCAAAACCAGAUCUGGAAAAAUUAUGCGUCGAGUUCUCCGUAAGAUCGCCUGCAACGAGAAGGAUCUGGGCGACAUCUCCACGCUGGCAGACGCGUCUGUGGUGGAUCAGCUGUUCCAGAACCGGUGCUGCUCUGCAGUGUGAGGUUCAUCAGGGCUCUGGUCUCGAACAUGAACGCUGAUGAGGGGAAAACACGACUCGUAUCUGCUUCUCCUGGCAGGUCCUCAGCAGCCUCUCUGCUCACCACUAAUGAUCCUAGUUGUGUUUUUAACAGAUUUAAACAAACAAAGUCUUCAGACUUGUGAGGGUUGACGACAGCUGCUGCUUCUGGAGUUUUAACUGGCUUUUAUAUUUCCAGCACCAACUCCCCUUAACUGCAUCUGACCGUGCCCACUUUAUUUUUACUAGAUUUUAUUUGUUGUCUCUAUCAGAAAUCCAGUGAUUUUUGUUAUUCAUCUGUGUCUGUGUGUGUGUUUAAGCAUUUGUAAAUACAGUUUGGCUUCAGAGGUUCCGACCCGGGUUCUUCAGAAACCAGCGGAGAUGUUUCAGCUUCAUGUUUGAAGCUUCUACAGCUGCUCAGGCCCAAGAGGAACAAACAUGCAUCAGUGAUGUGCUGAGGUUAUCCAGAAUCGGAGGAGGAAUGAUGAACACUAUCUGUUCUGAGUCUGGGAUGGCACGACCUCCUCACGGAGUCUAAAAAUAAACUGAUGGGUUUGGAGCUGAUCACAUGCAAAACACAAAUAAAAAUGUUUUAAACAAA